UGGAUUAGAAAGCGGGUCACCUUUCUUCUGCACUCUUUUUUUAAUUGCUUCCCAGUGGAAAGGAUCGUUCCAUCGUCGUUUCAAAUAAAUCCCGAGUCCGCCAUGAUCGAAGCUGUCAUCCUUCACCUGCCGAGCCUAGCUUGAUGGCGAUCCGCAGCAUCGGCGACGACGACGUCACAGAGACCAUCUUCUUCUUCUUCUUCUUCUUCUUCUCCGAUCGAUGAUUUUUGAGUUAUGGGGGCUAGAGGUUCGACUUCGAGAGACGCGAGUUUGAGGGAGAGUUCUUCAUGGAAUCAGCAGUACGGGUAUUCGCAACCGCCAUAUGGUACAGAUGUUCACGGCUAUCCGCCUCCGCCAGCUCAGCCGGCCUAUGUGCAAGAAUAUGCCGGCGGCGGCCCGGCUGGUGAUAAUAGAAGGAGGCUAGAUAGAAGGUAUUCAAGAAUUGCGGAUGACUACAAUUCGUUGGAUGAGGUGACAGAGGCACUUGCACGGGCUGGCCUGGAGUCUUCCAAUCUUAUUGUUGGUAUCGAUUUCACCAAGAGCAAUGAAUGGACAGGGGCAAGAUCAUUCCACAGACGAAGUUUGCAUCACAUUGGAGAUGGUCUUAAUCCCUACGAACAAGCGAUAUCAAUCAUUGGCAAAACCUUGGCUGUUUUUGAUGAGGAUAACUUGAUUCCAUGUUAUGGGUUUGGAGAUGCAUCAACACAUGACCAAGAUGUAUUCAGCUUCUACCCAGCUGACAGAUUUUGCAAUGGGUUUGAGGAAGUUCUGAGCCGGUACAGAGAAAUUGUCCCCCAUUUGAGGCUUGCAGGGCCAACAUCUUUUGCUCCUAUCAUUGAGAUGGCAAUGACGAUUGUUGAGCAGAGUGCUGGACAAUAUCACGUUUUGGUGAUAAUUGCGGAUGGACAGGUGACAAGAAGUGUUGAUACCAACAGAGGCAGGCUAAGUCCCCAGGAGCAGAAGACUGUUGAAGCCAUCGUUGAAGCAAGCAAGUUUCCUCUCUCUAUUAUUUUAGUUGGGGUUGGAGAUGGGCCUUGGGACAUGAUGCACGAAUUUGAUGACAAUAUUCCAUCUCGAGCCUUUGAUAACUUCCAGUUUGUCAAUUUCACCGAAAUAAUGUCAAAGAACGUGGCACCCUCAAGGAAGGAAACUGAAUUUGCUCUGGCGGCCUUGAUGGAAAUUCCUUCUCAGUACAAAGCAACCAUUGAACUUAAUAUAUUGGGCGGUCGGAAAGGCAAUGCUCCUCAGCGGGUUGCUCUCCCUCCACCACGCGGUGUCCCAUCCUUCAGUAACCCAAAGAGUUCGCGUUCGAUGAGUUUUGAACCAAGUGCCGAGCCUUAUUAUAAAAGUAAGGGACAUGUUACUGAGCCUUAUUUUGAAAGUAAGGGACAUGUUACUGCUACUCCUCCAGCCACAACUUCUACUUAUGAUAACCAGAUUUGCCCCAUUUGCCUCAGCAACCCAAAAGACAUGGCUUUCGCUUGUGGUCACCAGACGUGCUGCGAGUGUGGAGAAGACCUGCAGUUGUGCCCCAUCUGCCGAAGCCCUAUCCAAACGAGAAUAAAGCUCUACUAGGCACUGGAUUCGCUUUUGUGUGGAUUGUCUCCCGUCAGCCAGAAUUCAUCUUUCAUUUGUUGAUUUAAAUGUUAGCUUCGCUUUGUUUCGUAUGUCAUGCUUACUUAAAAGGGAAGGAAUGAAGUCAGCACAAGAUGUUAAUAUCUUUAGGUUAUUUGUUGCUGUGUAUAUUGCUGUAAUGUAAAUUCUAUUGGUUUCUUUUUUGUAUUUUUUUAUCGCGAUUAUUUGCAAAUGGCCGAGGGCGAAGAGAUUGUUGAUGGGAGAAAGAUGUUUACGAACUUUUUUAAAGUGGGUUGUUACAUGUUUUUCUGGCACAUACGAAAAUGCCACUGAAUAAUUUUGAGCGCA